AAGCUAUGACGUGUUGAUGACGCGUGACCCAACCUCCUUCUAUAGGCCUUGAGUCCCGCCUCUUCCGCUGAUGUACUUCCGGUGCCGUGACCUUUUGUUUAUGUCUGAACGCUAGUCAUAAAUAGAUCUGUAAUAACUGUGGCUGUGAAAACCCCUCGUUCACAUCCUGGUCUCGUUAUUCGGAUUUUCAGUCGCUACAGAGAUAAAACCGACAUCUUUUAAACAUGAAUUCCUCCUCAGAAGACAGAUUUCUACAUGUUUACACGGAGAAUGAUUUACCAACACGGAGGAGACAACAAGUGAGCUAGACAGACAGACAGACAGAAAGCUCCACGGAUAACACGAUAAGCUUUAUUAUUGUUAUUUUACAUAGUGGUAGAAAGACACCAGACUCAGUUGCAUAAGCUAGAAUUAGAGAUUUAUUUUUUUUGAUAUAUAAAACUAUGGCCUGUAAUUUCCUAAACACGGAUGAGGCAUCUCCACCAGCUCUGACAGACCUGUGCCUGACUCAUGUGAGCCAGAAUCUGGAGUGUUUCUGUGUGAAGCGCCCCGAUGGCUCCCUGUGCUUCAGAGAGGCUGUACUGUUCCCACAGGAGCUGGCAGACCAGCUGCUGGCCAAGAUGGCCACUGAAGGUCUGUUGAAUGACAGCACAGUGGGUGUCUUUCGGAACUGCGAAUACCUCCGGCUGAGAAGAGCCUGCAUCCGUACGGCGCGAAUCUCUGCCGAGGCCUUUCAGAAAGCCCUCUGCUCUCACAGACUGUUGGAGCUGGAUGCUUCCAGGGUCAACGCAGACCUCACUAUCCCUGAUAUUCUACAGGGGCUGGCCACCAAUAAAUACUGUCAGGAGUCCCUCCAGCGACUUGUCUUAACAGGCCUCACCAUGUCCUCUCUGGAGGAACCAAUCCGGUAUCGCUUCAGCUCCCUCCAGGGCCUCCGCUCCCUCUCUCUAGCCAACGUGGACUUCUAUGACUCCGGGCUCGCCGACGUGUGUUCCCUGCCUCGGCUGGAGAGCCUCGAUCUCUCCAACACCUCAGUCACCAACCUGAGCCCCCUGCUGGGCCUGAAGGAGCGGCUGCGCUCGCUAACACUGCACCAGCUGAAGAGGCUGGAGAUGACCACAGCUCAGCUGCUGGGAGUCAUCGGCCAGCUGGAUGUACUGCAGCACCUGGACAUCAGUGAUGAUAAGCAGUUUACCUCCGACGUGGCUCGUCAACUGCUCGGACAGCCAGGGAUCCUGCCCGCUCUCAUUUCCCUGGAUGUAUCGGGGAGGAAACAGGUCACAGAUGCAGCUAUUAAGGCAUUUGUUGAGGAGCGACCAGGGAUGACCUUUGUGGGACUUCUGGCCACAGAUGCUGGAUUUUCUGAAUUCCUCUCUGGAGAGGGAAGUCUAAAGGUGACGGGAGAAGCCUACGAGACCCAGAUCUGUGAGGCCCUGCGUCGCUACAGCGAGCGGGAAGGUUUCGUGAGAGAAGCUCUGUUUCAUCUGUUCAGCCUGACUCAUGUGAUGGAGAAACCGAGGCCCGACAUCCUCAAGCUGGUAGUUUUGGGUAUGAAGAAUCACCCUGCCACUCUGAAUGUCCAGCUGGCAGCCAGCGCCUGCGUGUUCAACCUGACGAAGCAGGACCUGGCAGCAGGAAUGCCGGUGCGACUGUUGAGCACCGUCACUCAGCUUCUACUGGAGGCCAUGAGGACGUUCCCCAACCACCAACAGCUGCAGAAGAAUUGCCUGCUGUCUCUGUGCAGUGAUCGCAUUUUGCAGGAGGUUCCAUUCAACAGGUUUGAAGCUGCCAAACUGGUGAUGCAGUGGCUCUGCAACCAUGAAGACCAGAACAUGCAGAGGAUGGCUGUAGCUAUCAUCUCCAUACUGGCUGCAAAGCUCUCCACAGAGCAGACGGCUCAGCUGGGAGCAGAGCUGUUCAUAGUGAAGCAACUGCUCCACAUUGUGCGUCAGAAGGCUACUCAGGGCGUGGUGGACGCCACCCUCAAAUUUACACUGAGUGCACUCUGGAACCUCACCGAUGAAUCACCAACGACCUGCCGCCAUUUUAUCGAGAACCAGGGCCUCGAGCUGUUUAUCAAAGUUCUAGAGUCCUUCCCCAACGAGUCCUCUAUUCAGCAGAAGGUUCUCGGUCUGCUGAACAACAUAGCAGAGGUCGGGGAGCUGCACGUCGAGCUGAUGGUGCAGGGCUUCUUGGACCACAUCAGCACCCUGCUGCACAGCCCAGAGGUGGAGGUCAGCUACUUCGCCGCGGGCAUCCUCGCGCAUCUGACGUCACGAGGAGAGGGAGCCUGGACGCUCAGCGUUGAGCUUCGAUCCUCACUGCUGGAGCAGCUGCACGAUGUCAUUAAGAAGUGGCCGGCGCCGGAGUGUGAAAUGGUGGCCUACAGGUCAUUUAACCCCUUCUUUCCCCUGCUGGAGUGCUUUCACACCCCCGGUGUCCAGCUGUGGGCGGCCUGGGCCAUGCAGCAUGUCUGCAGCAAGAACGCCGCUCGCUACUGCAGCAUGCUGUUGGAGGAAGGCGGCCUGCAGCAGCUGGAGCUCGUUCAUUCACACCCGCAGACCCACAAAGAUGUCAAACUGCUGGCUAAGGGCAUUCUGGAGAGCCUGCAGCGCCACAGAGCCCGCACCGGCCAGCCUGCACAAACGCACACAAGUCGCCGCCCGCCGCCACAAUAACCUCACCCCGAGAAAAGGAGAUUACCUGACCGACGUAAGCUGAGUCCCACCACAGAGGGGAUUUUGUAUGCGCGUGUGUGUGUGUGUGUGCGCGCAUAUCCCACGCACAAACACACUUUAUCAAGGAAACAAACACUACAUUAAGGACAAACACUACGCAGUUCUUUGCACACACACCAACUUUAUUUAUUUUGUGUUGUGUUUGUUUCAAAACAAAAACUAUUUCUGUGUGUUAAUCUUGUGAUAAAAACAAUUUAAAUUAUGAGAACUGUUGGUCAGUUAUGCUCAAAUCUCAACAUGAGGUUUGUGUCUGUGCUCGCUCUUGUUAGUCUGACAUCAUGAUGAUUUUAAUACCAAAAAAAAAAAACUGUCAGUGCACACGUACAAAUCUCAGUUUGGGAUUGAAACCCCCAAAAGCUCCGCUGAGGGUUCUCGACACCCUGCGGUUCCUGUAUGUUGCCGUGGGCUCUGGUUGUCUGAAUUUUAGCUCAUUAGAUAUACGCAUGACGCUGCUGUGAGCUCAAGCAUGCUGGAGUUUGUGUGAAUGCUCGUACUGCUGCUGCCUGCUUGUAUGUUUAUAGCAGUGUGCUGUUCACUGAAACCCCACGCCUCUGGGAACCCGAUACUGCUGUUGCUCUCCUCUUUAUUUAGUCUUUUUAUCAGCUAAUGCCUUUUGAUUUAAUGCGACAGGACGCUUGCCUCGGGUGUGCUCAGUGGGUUCAAAAUGUACAAACAUUAAAGAUGAAAACCUAAAUUAUAGAAAUAUCUUUGAGAAGCUCAAGUGUGUUUUCUUUUCUAAACAUUUGGCGGCCCCCUAAAUCAGUCAUUUCUGUGGCAAAACCAGCAGUGCCGUAUGAGUGUCCUCUCUGGACACAAAUGGCAAUAAUGAUUUUGUCAGUAUAGUCGUGAUGGAUGUACAAGUGCGUUGAGUUACAGCUGUUUUCUCUUUGAGAAACUUGUGUGUGUAUAUAUUGGUUUGUUCGCUGUGCUUUCCAAUGCGUCUGAAAAGACAGAGACAGCGCUUCGGUGUGAGCAUGUGUGUAUGUACGUCUGUACACGUAGCUGCAUCUUAAAAGAGUGUAUGUAAUUUGUACAUAAUAGAACAUGAGAGAGAAAUAGUGUUCAGGACUGGUUGCAUGGGAAUUAUUAUACUGUAUGUUCCAUGGUUUGUUUACCUGAGAGUUAUGAUGAAGAACAAAGUAAACGGAGAGGAAACGCUGUUUACCUAGAGAGAGAUAUUCAAUAAAUGACUAGAAAUUAGUUUCCUCCAGGACGCCAUUGUACCAGGUACACUGCUACCGCUUCUGUCCAGAGAAGCCGCCAUCUGCUGUAGCAGCUGACCCCGACGCCCACAUUCUCCUUUUUCCACCUGAGGUCCUGAUUCUCAUUAUUUUCUAUGCAAUCAGAAUUAAUGUUGCUCAUAAAAACUGCUGUCAAACCCCUGAUACAAUUUUUAGUUUUGAGUAGGGAUGCACCGAUCCGACUUUUUCGAUAGCGAUAUCUGUGGGGUAGUGAUAUCUUUGGGUUUCGGACGAUACCAAGUACUGAUCCAAUACCAGUCUUAAAUGAAUAAGCUGUAUGCCUCACUGAAUGAACCAACUGCAAAGACACACAGAACAUCCAC